UGGUGCAAAUGGUGAAGCCCGGAUCCCUGAGACCCCCGAGCAGAAAUUGACAAAUAAAUCAACUGGAAGUCCGAUCAGGGAAGGGGACUGAAAUGAUUCUCUUCCAUACGGGGACCCGGGUUUAUAGUUAAACAGUCUCAUGUGUAUGUCAUAUUCACCCUCUCUGCUGACAGACGGGAGAUGCAGAAUUAAAAAGUGGAGGACUGUGUCAAUGGACGCUUCGGUGGUGGUAGCAGGCUAGCUACACUACAUUUUUUAUUUUUUUUUUUCUCGGGGAGGGGGUGAGAAGUAGGCCGGAUCGCGUCCUAGUAUUGCGAUCGAAGUAUUCGUUUUAAAUCGGGCAACAGGAGGACUGUAGUAGAGUGAAAAUGACGACCAGCAGUCCUGAAGCGGUGAAGAAAUUGCUCGAGAAUAUGCAGACGGAUUUGCGAUCGCUGUCCAUGGAAUGCAAGAAGAAAUUUCCACCAGUCAAAGAGGCAGCGGAGUCGGGGAUUGUGAAGAUCAAAACCAUCGCUGCGAGGAACACAGACAUCCUGGCAGCUCUGAAGGAGAACAGCUCGGAGGUGGUGCAGCCCUUCCUCAUGGGCUGCGGGACGAAGGAGCCCAGGAUCACCCAGCUGUGCCUGGCCGCCAUCCAGAGGCUCAUGUCCCACGAGGUGGUGUCAGAGGCCGCUGCAGGGAACAUCAUCGCCAUGCUGUGGCAGCUGAUGGAGAACGGGCUGGAGGAGCUGAAGCUGCUGCAGACGGUGCUGGUGCUGCUCACCACCAACACAGUGGUGCACGACGAGGUGCUGUCCAAGGCCAUUGUCCUGUGCUUCCGCCUGCACUUCACCAAGGACAACAUCACCAACAACACCGCCGCCGCCACCGUGCGGCAGGUCGUCACCGUGGUCUUCGAGAGGAUGGUCGCCGAGGACGAGCGGUUCAAAGGUAUAGUGGAGCAGCCUCCUCCUGUCCAGGGGAACAGCAACCGAAGAUCCAUCAGCACACUGAGACCCAGUGCUAAGGAUGCUUACAUGCUGUUCCAGGACCUGUGUCAGCUGGUGAACGCCGACGCCCCCUACUGGCUGGUGGGCAUGACGGAGAUGACGCGCACAUUUGGGCUGGAGCUCCUGGAGUCGGUCUUAAACGAUUUCCCCGGAGUGUUCCUGCAGCACCAAGAGUUCAGCUUCCUGCUGAAGGAGCGUGUGUGCCCGCUGGUCAUCAAGCUCUUCUCCCCCAACAUCAAGUUUCGGCAGGGGAGCGCGGCGGCGGCGUCCCCCGCCCCCGUGGAGAAGCCUUACUUCCCCAUCUGCAUGCGGCUGCUCAGGGUGGUGUCCGUGCUCAUCAAGCACUUUUACAGCCUGCUGGUGACGGAGUGUGAGAUCUUCCUGUCGCUGCUGGUGAAGUUCCUGGACGGGGAGAAGCCGCAGUGGCUGCGGGCGGUAGCAGUGGAGUCCAUCCACAGGCUGUGUGUGCAGCCCCACCUGCUGCGGUCGUUCUGCCAGUCGUACGACAUGAAGCAGCACUCCACCAAGGUGUUCCGGGACAUCGUCAACGCCCUGGGCUCCUUUAUCCAGUGCCUAUUCAUCACGCCCAGCGCGGGGAACCCAGCGGCGGCCAGCACACCUGCAGGCGGAUCUGGGACUGGCGGACAGGCUGCGGGUCAGAGUGGCCCCGGAGCGGCGGGGGCAAGCGGGGGACUGACCACACAGGCGGCCUUCGAGUACCGCGGCACCUGGAUCCCCCUCAUGACCGUCAGCGUUCAGGGCAGUGCCAAGGCCACCUACCUGGAGAUGCUGGACAAGGUGGAGCCACCCUCCAUCCCUGAGGGCUACGCCCUGUCGGUGGCCUUCAGCGCCCUGCUCGACCUGGUCAGGGGCAUCACCUCCAUGAUCGAGAGGGAGCUGAGCAAGGAGGAGGAGCUGGCUGCUGCCCAGGGGGCAGCAGAGGACCAUCAGGAUCAGGAACCUGUUCCCCAGCUGGUGUGGGAGGAGAUGGUCAGCGCCUGCUGGUGUGGCCUUCUGGCUGCACUCUCCCUCCUGUUGGACGCAAGCACGGACGAGACGGCCACGGAGAGCAUCCUGAAGGCGGAGCUGACGAUGGCGUCGCUGUGCGGGCGCCUGGGCCUGGUCACGCCCCGCGACGCCUUCAUUACCGCCAUCUGCAAAGCCUCCCUCCCGCCCCACUACGCCCUGACGGUGCUCAGCAGCUCCACCGCCACCCUCUCUAAUAAAUCGUACUCCAUCCAGGGCCAGAGCAUCCAGAUUAUCAGCCCCUCCAGCGAGUCCCACCAGCAGGUGGUGGCGGUGGGGCAGCCGCUGACCGUCCAGCCCCAGGGCACUGUGGUGCUCACAGCGAAGAACAUGCAGUGUAUGCGAACCCUGCUGAACCUGGCCCACUGUCACGGGGCGGUGCUCGGGACGUCCUGGCAGCUGGUCCUGGCCACUCUGCAGCACCUGGUGUGGAUCCUGGGCCUAAAGCCAGGGAGCGGCGGCGCGCUGAAGCCCGGGCGAGCAGUGGAGGGUCCCAGCACGGUGCUGACCACGGCUGUGAUGACCGACCUGCCCGUCAUCUCCAACAUCCUCUCCCGGCUGUUCGAGAGCUCCCAGUACCUGGAUGACGUGUCCCUGCAUCACCUGAUCAACGCUCUCUGCUCCUUGUCUAUGGAAGCCAUGGACAUGGCCUAUGGGAAUAACAAGGAGCCCUCGUUGUUUGCGGUCGCUAAGCUGCUGGAGACCGGCCUGGUCAACAUGGACCGUAUCGAGAUCCUGUGGAGGCCCCUGACCGGUCACCUGCUAGAGGUCUGCCAGCACCCCAACUCUCGGAUGAGGGAGUGGGGGGCGGAGGCAGUGACUUCCCUGAUCAAAGCUGGCCUGGCCUACAAGCACGACCCCCCGCUGUCCCAGAACCAGAGGCUGCAGCUGCUGCUGCUGAACCCGCUGAAGGAGCUGUCCAACGUGCUGCACCCCGACAUCCGGCAGAAGCAGCUGGAGAGCGUGCUGCAGAUCCUGCAGAGCCAGGGGGACAGCCUGGGCCCCGGGUGGCCCCUGGUGCUGGGCGUCAUCGGAGCCAUCCGCAACGACCAGGGGGAAUCCUUAAUCCGAACAGCCUUUCAGUGCCUGCAGUUGGUGGUGACGGACUUCCUACCCACAAUGCCUUGCACGUGCCUACAGAUUGUGGUGGAAGUGGCUGGCAGCUUUGGGCUUCAGAACCAAGAGCUCAACAUCAGCCUCACUUCAAUAGGCCUUCUGUGGAACAUCUCGGACUACUUCUUCCAACGGGGUGAGACCAUCGAGCAGGAGCUGAACAGGGAGGAGGCGGCGCUGGAGAAGCAGGCCCGGGAGAAAGGCGUGGCCCUCAACCGGCCCUUCCACCCGGCCCCGCCCUUCGACUGCCUGUGGCUGUGCCUGUACGCCAAGCUGGGGGAGCUGUGUGUGGACCCGCGGCCGGCGGUGCGCAAGAGCGCCGGGCAGACGCUCUUCUCCACCAUCAGCGCCCACGGCACCCUGCUGCAGCAGCCCACCUGGCACACGGUGGUCUGGAAGGUCCUCUUCCACCUGCUGGACUGCGUUAGAAAGUCCUCCACCACGGCGGACAAGGAGAAGAUCGAGUCCGGGGGCGGGAACAUCCUCAUCCACCACUCACGCGACACGGCGGAGAAGCAGUGGGCGGAGACCUGGGUGAUGACGCUGGCCGGGGUGGCCCGGAUCUUCAACACACGCAGAUACCUGCUGCAGUCUCUAGGGGACUUCUUCAAGGCCUGGGAGGUGCUGCUGGACCACAUCCAGUCUGCCGCCCUCAGCAAGAACAACGAGGUCUCUCUGGCUGCGCUGAAGAGCUUUCAGGAGAUCCUUCAGAUCGUCACGCCCGUCAGGGACUCAGAGAAGCCUGACGCCCUCGCCGCCAUGGGCGUCCCCGCCCUGGAGGACCCGGUGUCGGCCGCCGGGCCUGGCAGACCCCUACCGAGCUCCGAUUCGCCGGCAGAGAGGCUGGCCCCACCCCCCGGGGUGGAGGAGGAGGAGGUGGACGACUCAGCCCUGUGGUGGUCGGCGUGGAACACCUGGUACCGGACGGGCACGGAGUGCACGCGGCCGCCCUCAGCCUCCGACAAGCUGGCCUUCAUCCCCAGCCAGCCCUUCCUCACCGCCCUGGUGCAGAUCUUCCCCGCCCUCUACCAGCAUGUCAAGGCCCGCUUCAGCAUGGACGACCUGAGGAAGCUGGGCGUCAUCCUGCACGGCGCCGUCUCCGUGCCCAUCAGCUCCGACGCCUCCCCCUUCAUCCUGCCCUCCUACACCGAGGCCGUGCUCACCAGCCUCCAGGAGGCGGUGCUCACCGCGCUCGACGUCCUCCAGAAGGCCAUCUGCGUGGGGCCGGAGAGCAUGCAGGUCAUGUACCCGGCCAUCUUCGACCAGCUGCUCCUGUUCGUGGAGUUCUCCUGCAAGCCCCCGCAGUACGGCAAGCUGGAGACCAAGCACGUCGCCAACGCCAAGUACAGCCAGAUCCAACUGUUUGCCCCGGCGGAGUGGGUGGCGUUAAAUUACGUCCCCUUCGCGGAGAGGUCCCUGGAGGUGGUGGUGGACCUGUACCAGAAAACGGCCUGUCACAAGUCUGUGGUCAGUGAGAGCGUUCUGCAGAACAUCAUAAAGACUCUGAGGAUACCCCUGGGGCUGAAGUACGCCUGCCCUUCGGAGAGCACCUGGAAGCUGGCUGUCUCCUCCCUGCUAAAGGUGCUGUCCAUAGGACUCCCAGUCGCCCGGCAACACGUGUCCUCCGGGAAGUUUGACGGCAUGUGGCCCGAACUUGCAAACGCUUUCGAAGACUUCCUGUUCCCAAAAAGCACACCUCCCGACAAUUUGUCCAUCCAGGAGUUCCAGAAGAAUGAGAGCAUCGAUGUCGAGGUGGUCCAGCUCAUCAGCACGGAGAUCCUGCCUUUCGCCAACUUCAUCCCCAAAGAGUUUGUGGGCCAGAUCAUGGCGAUGCUCAACAGAGGGUCCAUCCACUCCCAGUCGUCUUCUUUCACAGAGGCGGAGCUGGACGUACGCAUGCGGGAGGAGUUCUCCAAGGUGUGCUUCGAGACGCUGCUGCAGUUCUCCUUCAGCGGGAAGGUGUCCACGCCGCAGGAGGGCUACAUCUCGCGCAUGGCCCUCUCCGUGCUCCUCAAGCGCUCCCAGGACGUCCUGCGCCGCUACGUGGAGGACGAGAGGCUGAGCGGCCGCUGCCCGCUCCCCAGGCAACAGGUAACGGAAAUCAUCUUCGUCCUCAAAGCAAUUAGCACCCUGAUGGACUCCCUCAGGAAGACCCAGCCCGAAAACGUGGACGGGAACACCUGGGCGCAGGUGAUAGCGCUGUACCCGACCCUCGUAGAGUGCAUAACGUGCUCCUCCCCUGAGGUCAGCUCCGCCCUGAAGGAGGCCCUGGGGCCCUUCAAAGACUUCAUGCAGCCGCCGGUGGCUAAAGUUCUGAACGGAGAAUCCUGACCUCACGCACCUCAGGAGGCUCCGGGCAGCUUUCAGGGGGUAAGAGGGAGGGAACCGAGGUGUUUCCUCCCGGCAACAAGCGUACGGACUCUUUACUCGACACAAGCCCAUCUCACGGACCGUAACCCGGGGCAACUGUGACGGUCAGCCCCGACGACGACGACAGGUCUGUCUGACCUCAGAAUAAGCUUCUCAUGCAAGUGGAUAACCCGAUCUGAUUGGCUGGACUUCUGCAUCAGCUGCUACAGUAAAAUUGCAGUGUUUUUUUUUUUGGUUUUGUUUUUCUUCAAGGGAGGGUCAAUGUGCAGUGUGUGGUUAUAGUGUUAAUGAUGUAAUUAAAGAAUUAAGAAGUCUUUGGUCUUUAUUGAUCAGAACAAAGCAAAUAAUAACAACAACAACAAACACGGCAAGGUUUUUUUUUUUUUCUUUUUUUGCAAGUUCUUACUGUAACAUUCCAUGUAAUUUGAGCCAGCCGAU